UGAUGUUAAAUUCAAGUUACCGGCCGGUAUCAAGAAACAUUCCCGAAAUGUCCUACCUGGAAAAAUUCAACAUAGAUGCCGAACACCUCGAAGUCCGUUUUCCGGGAGUUUUAACCAACGCCAUCCAACAAACCGGCAUAACCAGUGUAGACGCGUUGACGGGUCUGGGGAUACCCCAUUUACAAGAACAUUUAGUUCUUCCGGGACUUCGUUGCGCUAUAUACCGCACCGAUACUGGAGCCAGUGUCGAAGUCCCAUUUAGGGAAACCGGAAGAGACGCCAUCAACCAUGUGCUCCGGGAGAAUGGCGAGUGGAAUCGCCCGGGAAUCACUAGAUCCGGUCUCCGUAACGAUGGGCGCAUAGUGCAAAGACAGUGGCAGUUAUUGGCAGCCGCUUUAAUGGCGGUGGGGCCGCACGCAGCCCACUUAAUAGGGGCCGGUAUCCAGGCCGCUGGCCAAUCCCAUGCGGUCCCGCUGAUUGUUGUCGGUUUACAAGCAGCAGCACCAGCGGCGGUUCGACUGCUUGCCAAUGGGAUUCAGGAAGGAUCGCAGUCACAAGCCCUUCAGCCACGUGCUGUGCUGCCCCGUUCCAGUUGCUUAGAGGGCGACUACCCGGUGUUCCGCUGCCACGGGCACAACUGCCCCGUCCCAUCCUAGGCCCACAGCCCGGCGGUGUGUUCGCCCUCCGCGCUCCGCUUCCGGGGCCUCGCGUUGCAUUCCCAGUCCUCGCCCAGAACGCGGAAGAUGUCGGCGCGCCGGUUGUCGGUGUUCAUCCUCAACCCGCCGGCGCUCCACCACCGCACGCCGCCGC